GAACCAUAUACAGUACACAGAUUAUUUUUUUCGUGGGGAAUGCUGCAGAUCUCUCUCGCUGCCAACACUAUAUCUGCUAUCAGCGGAGGAUUCGGUCUGCACGCACUGUAUUUACUCGUCUGUUUGGGUGUUCGUAGAUUAGCUGUGUUCAGUAGAGGAGGAACACCAGUCAGAACACCUGUGGAAUGCCCGUUCCCAUUUUUCGGAAGGGGUCGAUCGUGCCGUGAAACCCUAACCUACCCUGGCUGUGAUAGCCGUGCUGUCAUUUCAGGAAUUUGGUAGGUUAGAAAAGGUCGAUACAAUACAUCAAGAAAGACGUGAUACGAGGACCUCUUGCAGGGAUAUUAAUGUUGGAUUUGUGGCAUUGAACAUGGAAUUUUAAUGUGACGUUUAAUGUGGAUAUGUUCACUCGCCUUCUGGAUUCUGACUCCAGUGGUCCAAGGAAUGAUUGUAUUCAAUUCAAGUUUUUGUGAUAUAUGAAGAGGUCGUCUGCGUGCUUGGAUGCCCCAAAGAGUGGUUUAAUCACGUUAUAUUGCCUGAUGAGUGAAAAGGAAUUGCAUGACCUACUCAAAUCAGCAGUCAAUAGUUUUUACUAUGAUCAGCAGUCAGUAGUCUUUACUAUUAUUGAUUAGACAGGGAUAUAUGAUUCAGUUUGCACAUUCACCCAUUGGACCUUGUCAUUCAGUUUGGCUUUAUCAGAAGAGGUGGGUCUAAUCACUUAUCCACUAGAUCCUGUUCAUCAAAGAAAGCUCAUCUUUAGUUAUAUAACUAAUCCACCACAGUUGUAAAGAGUAUACUUGGUCGCCAGAUUGUGGAAUAUAUCAAUAAGGAUUACUCGGUUCACAGUUUUUUCAGAGCACCGGGAAUCAGUGCAGCAUAUAACUUAGCAGUGGAAUUUGGAACAAAUACUGUAUAUAGUCCGUGGGGAAUAUAUCUCUGUGGCAGAUGCCCUAUUUGGAAUAUAUCAACAAACAGGGUGAUAUAUCCACAGCACAUUUUGAGAGGAGCUGAAAUAAUAAUCUGAAGUAUAUACUCUUUCAAAAUUGAUAUACCUCAUCUGGCAAAACUUUCAAGAGGAAUAUAUAUAUAGUUCUUUAUACUUCACAGUGGAAGUGCCUGAAGUGGGUACUAAUGCUCUGGAUUUUGCUGUUCAACUUGUCAACUGAGUUAUAUUGAGUGGAAUAUAUAGAUUAUUUCCUUGGAAGGAUCAGUGCUCUGUGAACACAUAACAGUCAAGAUAUGUCAUCGAGUGACACACGCCAGCCAGCGUAUGAUACUUCUCGGUCGCUGCUUUCUCUUUCUGCUGUCUGUGCCCGUGAAUAGGGCUCAAAGUAACACACAUGCUAUGCAAUAUUGAUUAGGAGUGGCCAUGAGGAAUAACUGCAAUAUCAACCUCACAGCAUUUUAAUAAUAUAUAUGUGCACUGCAACAAGUAUAUUGGAGUCCCCUUCUAAUGUGCAGUGCAUGAAGUAAACAUAAAACAGCAAAUCUAUAUUCUUUUAAAGUUUUAUGGAACCUACUCAUAUUUAGUCCCCUACUAUAUCUCAUAGUUUGUUACACAGCAUUAAACAUAAUAAUAUAUAUAUGUAAUAUUUAUUUAAGGAGUUUAUAUUUUAUAGUUGAUUAUAUCAAAGAGAUUUGUUCAGAUUUUACGCCUGACUCAAUCAACAUGUGCCUUCCAUUUGUAUCAUUGAGAUGAAUUAUAUCAAAAGACAUAUUCCUGUUAGUAUCAAUAGACCAAAGAUGGACACUUUAUGAAGAAUUUCAAUCCAUUAACUAUAUCAAACGAUCAGUACUAUCCCCUGACUGCCUUGAUAAAAAAAAUCGAGGAUUCAACGUCAAUUUCCAUUUAAAUAUCACUAAAUAUAGAUUAUGACAAUGGGUGACAUACGCGAACCCGAAGAUUCGCCGAUCUCGCGCAGGAAACAGAUUAUACGCGGCCCCAUGGGCCUUCCCAUGGAGAUAGAAAUCACGUCCAAAAAACUUGGCAAGUUUCAACAAAAACGAUGGCCCGAGCGACAGCCUCGCUUCUCGCGAGAGAUCGCGGACGCGGAAGUCGACGAGGGCGACGUGGUAGUUUUCGAUUGUCACUAUUAUGGAUAUCCGUCCCCAGAGGUUAGGUGGUACAAGGACGAUACGGAAGUCGAGAGGACAGACCGUUGUUUAGUUUAUACGAAUGAGAUUGAGAGUAUGCUAGUACUAUGUGACGUUACUGUGGACGAUACCGCCACGUACACGGCAAAAGUUAAAAACUAUUUAGGAGGAGUGGAAACAGAUGCGCAGUUAACAGUCUACAAAAAAGAGGAAAGAUGGCUGAGGUUACAAGAGAAGGCGAAGCAGAGGACGCAGGACUUGGAGAGUGCUAUCAACAGCUUGAGUGACUUUGAGACAGCCCACAACCGCCUCAAGACAUGGCUAGGAGAGAAGGAAAGGAUGGCCUCGGUCCUUGGACCCAUUGGUGUGGAGCCAGGUAUCCUCAGGAACCAGAAGCUCCAAGUGGAGGUCCUGCUAGACGAGUUAGAUGCAAAACAGCCAUAUUUGGAGCAACUUUUAGAGGUUCUUCAAGAGGAAUUCACUGCCCACGAGCCUCAGAUGGAGCAACUCCUGGAGGCCGGCCAGGCGAUCGUCGACCAGCAGGACCCCAGGUCGCGCACCACCUCGCCCAUCCAGAAACAGGUUGCGGAUCUCAAAGACCAGUGGGACGCCCUCAAGGGCCAGCUGGACAACAGGGAGGGCAAGAUCGACGAUGUGCUACGGAAGAGCGAGCAAUUCCACGAUGUCCUCCAGGACAGUUCCGAUUGGCUGAUUGACUUUAAGAAUAAGAUCGACAACCUGGCACCCAUCAGCAAUAGCCCCGACGUUGUCAGACAACAGAUGGAGGAGACUAAGAACCUACAACGAGAGGCGGAGCGCCGGAAACCUCAGCAGGAUAAACUGUCUGACACUCACCGGGAGCUGACGGAGCUGAACCCAGAACUCACUGCCAAAGCCGAAGUCACACUGAAACUGGAUAGUGUCAGGACACCCUACAACGAUCUUUGCCGUAAACUUGAUGAGAGGCAAGGUAAACUCCAGGCUGCACUUCUGCAGUCCAGAGACUUUGAGGAAUCCUUCGGCAGCAUGCUGAGGUGGCUGGACACCAAGGAUAAAGAACUGUCCGGAGUCAAAGCCAUCUCGGCCAAACCAGAGGUGCUGAGGAGACAGGUGGUAGAACAUGAGGAGAUCCCCAAGGAGAUCGUCAAGCAGGUCUACACCUACGAGCGGAUGCUGGAGAAGAUCGAUGCCCUCAAGGAAGAAGCGGACAGCCCUGCCGAGAAGAAAGACCUCCAAGCCAAGCGGGACUCCCUCCAAGCCAAGUGGAACUCUGUCAACGACAGGGCCACGCAGCGCGGCGAGAGGCUCAAGGAAGCCAACGGCAAGGCCAAGGUGUACUGCGACGAGCUGAACCAGUUCCUGCCGUGGUUGAGGAGUGCGGAGGAUAGGAUGAAGUCGAUUGGACCCGUGACGGCCAAGCCAAACGUGGUUAGGAGACAGUAUGAACUCAUCAAGCAACUCCAAGAGGACAUCGACAACCACCGUGACCACCAUGAAGCAGUCAACAACUCAGCCGACGAACUCAUCUCAAGGACCGACAUCGACCACCCCUUCAUCGAGGAACAAGUCGGAGAUGCCAACAAGAGAUGGGAUGAACUGCAGAAGGAUCUUGAUUCUCAGCUUGGUAUCUUAGAAGACUUCCACCACAGGCUGAAUGACUUCCAGGACACCGUCAACACGUCCCAGAUCACAUUGGCCAACUUUGAGGAGCAGCUAGCGGCUCAUGAUGCCCCUGGCAAACUGGACCCCAAGAACCUGCAGAAAUUAAAGGCUUUGGCUGAUGAGGUCGACAGCCUUGAGCAAACCAUCGUCAAGGUGCAAGACAACAGCAGUGGCUUGAUGGCUGCAGCGCCCCCUAGAGCCGACACCACCCCGGUGGGUGACGACGUGGACGGAGUGGUCAAGCGCUACCAGAAGCUGAAGGGUUUGGUCAAGGACCGGUACGGUCAGGCGGAAGCUGGAAACCAGGAGAUCCUCUCAUUCCAGUCAAUGCUGAACGACUGCAACUUCCAGCUUGGAGAGUCAGAGGAUGCCUUAGACAAGAUGGCUCCCGUUGCUAGGGACCUUGACACCCUGGCGGCUCAAGCAGAUGAAAUCGAUAAAUAUCAACAAAACCUGGAAGACAUCAAGAAGACCCUCCUAAAGGCAGAUCGCACCUUCCGCGACAUCGUCGACCGCGGUUACCUCACCGACUCCGACAACUUCCGGGAGCAGCUCGACAACCUGAACAAGCGAUGGCAGCGGCUGCGCGAGCGCGCCAACAAGCGUCAAGACGAUAUCGACCGGACGACGUCGCGCAUGCAGGAUCUGAAGCACACCAUGGGUGAGGUGGAUGAACUCCUGGGCAAGGCUGAAGCGGCUCAGAUGCAGCAGAAGCCCGUCGGCGCCGACGUCGACACUGUCAAGCAACAGCAGAAGGAGUUCAAGACCUAUAUGAGGAACUUUGUGGAACCGUUGGUUCCGAGGUUGAGGGAUGCCAACAGGGUCGGACAGGGUUUGGUCCAGAGCGCGGAACCAAGGGUCAACACUCACCAGCUUGAGACUGAUUUGGAGGCCAUGAAUGAUAGGUGGAACAGACUCCAUGCCAAGAACUCUGACCGGGAGGCCAAGUUGAACGAAGGUCUCCUCCGUUGUGGCAAGUUCCAGGAGGCGCUACAGUCUCUUCUGGUCUGGAUAGGAGAUACGGAAGACUUGGUCUCAACGCAGAAGGAUCCAUCUUCAGAUUACAAGGUGGUCAAGGCUCAGCUUGCAGAACAACAGUUGCUUGAUCGUCUCAUCACUGACCGUGAGCCCAGCGUAGAUGCCCUGAAGGAGAUGGGCGAACAACUCUCCAAGGUUUCCGAACCUCAGGAUCGCAUGCGCAUCCAACAGCAGCUCUCGGACCUCGAACGCCGCUGGAGGGCGCUCGUCGACGCCGUGCGCGACCGCCGCCAGAAGCUCGAGCAGACAGAGAAGACUGCCAAGGACUUCCACGAGCAGAUCGCCCCACUCACCAAGUGGCUGGACGACACAGAGAAGUCACUGGCAUCACAGGAACCGGUCAGUACGGACAAGGCUCAGAUACAGAAACAGAUUCAGGAUCAGCAGGCCAUGGAAAGAGAUAUCCAAAACCACGGUUCGGACGUUCGAGAGACCAUGUCGGCAGGCCGAAGACUGCAGCGGAUGGUGUCUCUGCCGGAGCGUGAUGCGCUUCAGAUCCGUUUGGAUGCGGCCCAGGACCGUUACGACAACCUCCGCGACAAGGCGCGUCAGAAGAAGGCCGAUCUCAACCGAGCCCUGGCCACAAGCCGGGUGUUCGGCGAGGACGAGGCCGCCCUCUUGCGGUGGCUGACGGAGAUGGAGCGCAAGCUGGGCAGGCCGGAGCCGAUCUCGAUCCACCCGGAUGUCACCAAGAGGCAGUUGGAAAACCAGACGGCUCUGCAUGCAUCAGUCCUCGAUCGCCAGCCAAAGAUUAGGAAAGUACUUUCAGACGGACAGGAGCUGCUCAGGCAAUGCACCGGUAAAGAGAUCAUCGAUGUGCAGCAGAAGCUCGAUAACAUCCAGAAUCGCUAUGACAACAUUCUCCAGAAGAGCGAAGACCAACUGAGCCAGCUGCAACAGGCCGUACCAUUGGCCAGUGAGUUCAACCGCCUACAGAACGAGUUUGCUGAUUGGCUGAGGAAGGCUGAACAGGAUCUGAGGAACUUUGACCCCUCGGCUAGUGUGGAGACACAGAAAGCCGUGCAAGAGAAACUGCAAGACGAGAUCGAUCGCCAUCGUCCCAUCCUGCAAGAACUCAACGAGAAGGGUACGCGCCUCAUCGAGCUCAGCCCCGGCCAGGGAGCCGCUGAGAUCAGACAACAACUCAACGAUGACAACCAACGAUUCAACGAGCUUGCCUCAAGGACCAAGGACAUCGAGUACAGGCUUAGCGCUGCUCUAGAUGGCGCACAGAAGGUUCAGCAGAGCAUGGAUGGACUUCUGAAAUGGCUGGACGACACUGACCGUCAGCUGCAGAACAGUGCAAGGGAAACCAUCAGUGUAGAUCCAGAUGGUGUGAGAGAUCAACUCAAGAAAGCUAAGGGCAUUGACAGAGAAAUCACCGGCAAGCAGAGCCGAAUCCAGGACACCCUCGGGGCGGCAGAGAAGCUCAUCGAGCAGACGUCCGACCCACGCCAGCGCGCCCGCCUCGAGGCCCAGGCCAAGGACCUCAAGGAGAGGUUCGAUGACCUUUCAGCGAGGAGCGCGGACCGCGUGGAGGUCUUGGAGGAGGCCUUGCCUCAGACGCUGCAGUUCAACGAGUCCCACGAGGAGCUGACCAAAUGGUUGGACGAGAUUGAAGGUGACCUGAAGAACCUGAAGCCACCUGGUCUGGAUGCAGAGGAGAUCAGGAAAGAAGUGGACAAUAAUAGGUUCAUGAAGCAGACUGUGGCCGAGAAGCAGCAGCACGUGAACAAGCUGAACCGCAUCGCUCCGGAGCUGGCCAAGCUCAGCCCCGGUGCUGGAGCUCAGGGUGUCCAGGCCAAGGCCGACGAUGACAACCGCCGAUAUGAGAACGUCAAGGAGGAAGUCAACAAGAGAGGAGAGAAGAUGUUUGACCUUCUACAGAGGACCAGCUCGUUUGUUGAAGAUCUGGACUCGACCCUGGAGCAGCUGAACAUCACCGCUGAGAAGCUGAGCAGACCAGAACCGGUCUCUGCAGACCCUGAUCAUCUCAGGAAACAGAUCAAGAAACUACAGGCCUUGAGAGAUAACAUUGAUAGUCAGAUGGAUGUCGUAGAGGUGAUGCGAAAGGCUGGUAAUGACAUGAUCGAAUCUUCCUCACCAAGUGAUCCACAUGUUAGAGAUCUGAAAGACAAGCUCGACCAGCUGAGCAACAAGUGGGACGACAUCACCAGCACGGCCAACAAGCGGUCUGGUGACCUCCAGGAAGCACUCCACUCUGCUGAAUCCUUCUGGGAGGAGAUGAACGGGACGACCGGGACCAUCAAGGACCUCCAGGACCAGAUCAAGAGCCAGGAACCUCCUGCGGUUGAGAUCCCAGCCAUCAAGGAUCAACAGGAUAUCCUCCAAGCCAUCAAGGAGGACAUCGAUGCUGUCAAGCAGGACGUUGACAUGACCAAGCAGCUCGGCCAAGACCUGAUGAACCACUGCAGCGACUCCAACAAGCCCGAGGUCCAGAAGAACGUGGACGAACUCAACAACUCCUGGGAGAACCUCAACGAUGCCUACAAGGACCGUCAGCAGAAGCUUGAGGAUGCUGAUGAAGCUGCUCAGGCAUUCCAGGAUGGUCUUGACAGGAUGAACGACUACAUGACCAACGCGGAGGAACAGCUGGAUAGGAUGCCAGCGGUGGGAUCGGAUCCUCAGACAGUGAGGAGGCAGCUGGACAACCUCAAUGCCUUCAAGAAGGAGCUUGGCAGCAAGAACCUUGAGCUGGAGACCGUCAACCAGCUCGGAAACCGUCUCCUCACCAAAUGUACCCCGGAGAACCAGGAGCUGGUACAGGCUCCCAUGAGCGACAUGAACAGGAGGUGGAAGAACCUACAGGAUAAGACCUUUGACAGACAGCACAAGCUUGAAGCUGGAUUCUUAGCCCUAGGGCAGCUGGAGAGCUCUCUGGAUGAACUCCUGAACUGGAUGAACCGGACAGAGAAGGCCUUGGCCGAUCAGAGACCGGUGAUGGGCGAUACCAAGGCUGCAGAGAUUGCCCUAGCUAAGCAUAAGGUGCUUCAAAAUGAUAUUCUCGCUCACGAAUCCACCGUGAAGUCUGUCAACCAGGCAGGCCAGAAUUUUGUAGCAUCUGCAGACAACAGGCAGGUUGCCAACGUGGUCCGCAGCAAGCUUGACGAUGUCAACAACAAGUGGCGCAACCUCAAUAGGAUGACUGAUGAUAGGCAGAGAGAGCUGGAGGGAGCCUUGGGAGAGACCAAAAACUUUGCAGAGGAGGCGACACGUCUCCUUCGCUGGCUCCACGACAUCAACGGUCAGCUCUCAUCCACCCAGCCGGUCGGAGGCUUGCCUGAAACUGCCAGGGAACAACUUGACAGACACAAUGACCUGAUGAAGCAGAUGGACAGGGAGAAACUCGCCUAUGACUCCCUGAUGCAGGCUGGACAACAGCUGAGACGACAGUCCGGACCGGAGGCUGAUAGAGAAGGCGGGGUCGGCCACACCCUGAGAACCCUCCAGACACAGUGGGACGCCGCCAAUCAGAAGUCAGCAGAUAGGAAGCGCAAGUUGGAGGAGGCCCUGACCCAGGCUCAGAACUUCCACGAUGCUCUCCAAGCCUUCAUCUCCUGGCUGACCACUGCAGAGAAGACCAUGAACAACAGCAAACCACCCAGCACCGUCCUGGACACCAUCAACCAGCAGAUCGCUGAGCACAAGGAAUUCCUUAUGGACAUCCAAGCCCACAAGGAAACGAUGCGCGACCUGGACCGGGCUGGAACCCAGCUGAAGUACUUCAGCCAGAAGCAGGACGUGAUCCUCAUCAAGAACCUCUUGAUCAGUGUCCAGAACCGGUGGGAGAAGGUCCAGUCCCGAUGCAACGACAGGACCCGACAGCUGGACUCUGGCUUCAAACGGGCCAAACAGUUUGAUGAACAGUAUGGCAAGCUCUUUGGUUGGCUAGAGGACUCCCAAGCUCAGCUAGAACAGGACAAGUCAAUCGGUAGCGAUCCAGAGACUCUCAAAGCUCAGCUCCGAAGGCACAAGGACUUCCAACGUUCCCUCGGAGCUAAGCAACCGCUCUAUGACAACAUUGUCCGCUCUGGACGAUCGUUGAGAGACAAGAGUAAUCCUGCGGACACCAAGGUCAUCAAUGCCAUGCUGACUGAUCUCAAAGACAAGUGGGACCUUGUCUGUGGCAAGUCUGUUGACAGGCAAAGGAAGCUUGAGGAAGCUCUCCUAUAUAGUGGGCAGUUCAAGGAUGCCCUUCAAGCACUCCUGGAAUGGCUCUAUCAGGUUGAACCGACGCUUUCAGACGAGACACCCGUCCAUGGUGACAUCGACACCGUCAUGAAUCUCAUGGAAGCCCACAAGGGUUUCCAGCGAGACCUUGGAAGCCGGAAGAACAGCGUCAAGUCGGUCAACAAGUCCGCCAAGGACCUGAUGGACAAAUCAAGUGAGGACACGUCACAUCUCCGAGCUAAGAUCCAGGAACUGGCCACCAAAUGGGAGACAGUCUGUGAACAGAGUGUGCACAAGCAGGAGAGGCUGGAAGACGCCAUGAAGGAGGCUGAAGAGUUCCACGACACUGUCCAGCUCCUUCUGGAGUGGCUAGCCGAUGCAGAGCAAAGCCUUCGGUUCCAAGGACCACUUAGCGAUGACCCCGAGGUCAUCAAGGAACAGAUGGAAGCACACAAGGACUUCAGGGACAACUUCAGUGCCCAGGAGUUGAGGAUGAACGAUGCCUGCGUGAUGGGCGAUACCAUCUUGACCAAAUGCCACCCAGAAGCUGUUCCAGUCAUCAAGCACUGGAUCACUGUCCUCCAAGCCAGAUGGGAAGAGGUGAUGACCCUCUCUGACCAGAAAUCAGAUCGCCUGGAUGAGACUCUGGAGAAUCUCGCGGAGAACGCAGAACUGCUGGAGAAGCUGAUGGAUUGGCUCAACAAGUCUGAAAAUGUCCUCCAGGACAGGGAAUCGAGACCCAUCCCGGAGGAUGUGGACCGCAUCCAGAACCUCCUGGCAGAACAUCAGGACUUUGAGGACUCCAUGGCCCAGAAGCAACCUGACAUCGACCGUCUUACCAAAUCCCACAAGCGACGUCGGUCUCAGGACACCCCGUCCCAACUUCCUCAGCUAGACAGAUCACGCCGUGGAAAGAGCAGCCGUCCUCGUAGCCGUGACCCAAGCCCGGGAGCCGACUCGCGCAACCCACGUGUGGCGGCACUGCACAACAAAUGGAAGCAGGUGUGGCUGGUUGCCAUGGACAGGAGACGUAAGCUACAGGACGCCCUCGAUAGGCAGGCACAGCUCCAGAAGCUGCGCAACUUCAACUUUGACGAGUGGCGCACACGCUACCUGCAGUGGAUGAACCACAAGAAGGCCCGCGUCAUGGACUUCUUCCGCAAGCUGGACCUGGACCGGGACGGCAAGCUGUCUCGUAUGGAGUUCAGCGAUGGCAUCAUCAACUCCAAAUUCCCAACCAACCAACUCGAGAUGAACGCGGUAGCCGACAAAUUUGAUCGUGACAACGAUGGCUAUAUCGACUACAAGGAGUUCAUUGCAGCCCUCUGGCCUGAGAAAUCAUCUGGCAAACCUAUCAGUGAUGCUGAGAAGAUCGAAGAUGAGGUUCGAAAGCAAGUCUCCCAGUGUACCUGCCAAAAGAAGUUCAAAGUUCUUAGAAUUGGAGAGAGCAAGUACAAGUUUGGAGACUCGCAGCAGAUGCGUCUUGUCCGUAUCCUUCGUAGCACUGUCAUGGUGCGGGUAGGAGGAGGCUGGAUGGCUCUGGACGAGUUCCUGGUCAAGAAUGACCCUUGCAGAGCUAAGGGAAGGACGAACAUCGAGCUGAGAGAGAAGUUUGUGCUAGCCCACGGCGUGAGCCAGUCCAUGACCCCUUUCAUGAGGAGACCAAGAUCCAGGUCACCUUCGGAGUCCAGCCAGGGUAGCACAAGCUCCAGAAGCUACUCCCAACCGCUUAUCAAGAUCCGUGAAAAGCGUAACAUCUCGCGACCGUGGCAGGAGGGAGCUUCAUCCAGAACGCCACGCCGCACCACCACCACGCGCACCGGAACUAAUGGAAGUGUCACCACUACGCGCGAGGCACGACCAGAUGGAACGCUUUACACCAAGAAAACCACGACCAAGGAGCUCUCUCCAGGUGAGAGAACCACAAUGCGCUCGCCAUCCCCGACCGGCGGCUACUCGACCCAAAAGAAAAUAACCGGACGAAACACGACCGUCAGCUAUGACACCCGUUCUAGCCCCAAGGGUGGCACGAGGGGCGAGGUUACAGUGCGUACCGUGACAGAGGAAGAGCGCACCGUCACUAUGCCAACGUACAAGCGGACAACGUACUCGCCACGAUCGGACUUGUCAUCACCCACGGCCGCAUCUAUGGCUAAAAACAAAAAGGCAUCCACACACAAGAAUUCAAGUCGCGGAUGGAAGCCCUAGGUAUAUGGACUCUGAGUAUCCUACAAAAAGCACUUGUUAACAAUCAAGCAUUUCUCUUUAUUUUAUAUUACUUGAAUCAUGCUUUAUAAAAGCUGUAAACCUAAUAAAAGUAUUUUAAACGAGAGCCGUUAUAAUCUCAGAGUCUCCAACUAACUUUCAUUAUGAUGGAAAGAUUGAUUGCCUAUGGACAUGUUUGGCGAGAUUAAUGUACAUGUAUAUUAUAAUUGACAUUGUUUCUUCCGCAUUUAUGUGUGAUUUACACCAUAUGUUUAUAUGUAAAAUAUGCUUUUUUUCAAAAUAACUGAAAUCAAAAUAAGAGAGAGAAAGAGAGAGAGAGAAAAGAAACGAGAGAGAUGAGUAAGAUAAAAAGCAUAAACAAUUUGAUCUGUACUAUUGUGGGUUUUCAAAGAAAUGAUGUAUCAUUUAUGAAUUAACCAUUCUCAAUUAUCUUUAAUUUUUGUUAUAUUUCAUUUAUUACCCACAGAGAGAACAUUAAUACAUUUGCCAUUCCUGGUGACAAAUAUUAAUAAAAUGUACUCUAUAAAAAAUAUUGAUAUUCAGACGUGUUUAAGGGUAAUAAAAGAAUAUCAUUUUUUUGUCUUUCAAACUUCAUUUCAUUGUAUGUAACUGUAUAUGAUUAAAAAAAAAUCAUGCUUUUUCUAUGUAUAUAUUGGUCUUAAAAGAGUAAAUGUUUCAUAUUUCUCAAAGUUUAGUGUGUAUAUGUUUUGUGUUUCGCAAAUUGAAUCAUAAACUGCUUUUCAUUAUAUGAAAAAGAAUUAUUAUGGCUGAAAUGUUACAAUUUUGAAUGGAAUUUAAAAUACCAGUAUGUUUGCAAAUGAACAUGGUGUUCUGAAAACUCUAUGACAUAUUAGCUGCCAGUAAAUAUUCUCUCUUGAAUGAAUGAAAUGAUUCUUAUUCUAUGAAAGAGGAAAUCAUUUAUUUGAAAUAAUAACUAUGAUAUAAUUUUCUAUAACAUUAAAUUCAGAAUUCUGUUGACUUUUUACUGGUUAUGACACAGAUCUAUGCACAUGUGAAUACCAGUUUUAUCUUGUAAAAAAUAAUGUGAGGAGAUAAUUGAAAAAAAAAUCUUAUCUUCCAGAUAUCUAAAAUGCACUCGAUUUCAGAAUCAUUUUAUUGGUCAUAUUUGCUUUUGUUCUAGAUAUGUUUUUUUUUUCAUUUUGUUGUUGUGUCGUACCGGUCACUCUUCUUGUUCUUACAUCAUGAAAUAACAUUACUUGUUACAUCGAAGGAUAUGCUAUCCAUAUCUCUGCAUAAGAUGCAUUUGAACUUAUGUUUAUUGUCAUACUAUAUACUAUGUUUUGUAUACAUACACACAAGUGCAUUAUUUACAUUUGCUGAAGCAAACUAUUAAUGGAUGUUGCACACAAUCUGCUAUAAUUUUCUAUGAAGUGCCGGUGUUAUUUUUUAUCUACAGGAAGCAUAUACUCAUGUGCAAAAAGUAAAAGGUUAAAAAAAGUGUUUAACUAUGACACUAGGUAUAAAACUAUGUGAAACUAACAAUUAUUUAAGAAAAAAAAGAAACAAAGUACUUACUUAGAUUUUAAGAUGUUAUUUGUUAUUGUAUGUCAGUUUAAAAAAAACAGAAGACUAUUCAUGAAUGCUGUCAUGUAGUACAAACCUAUAGCUUGUAGAAUUUAUGUGUAUUUGCAGUUAGAGAAACAAUCUACUUGCCAAUUGUCCUGUUAACAAGGAAUUUAAAUAUGUACAUGUACAACUGUAAUCAGCACCGAUUUUGAAAUCAUACUGGGGACUUGAUUUCAGCUGAGGUGCUGAUUGCUCUUGAUAUGGAUUCAUCUUCAUUGUUGAGACACCACCUCUGAAAAGUGAUUUGAUCUAGAUUUGAUUUACCCUUGGAAAGUUAAACUGGGGACAAGCUUACUUUGUGGUAAAUCUGUUCAAAUUGCUUUGCGCGUACACUCUGAAAGUAUUCUAGAAAUUUAUUGGAGAAUCUGGGGACAAUUAACUCUGGUAUAUUUCUGACUACGAUGCGACAAGGUAUCCUUUCCAAGCAAUUGAAAAGGCAGUGAAGAGAAAACCUUCGAUAUUGGUUUCCAAAAGUGGGGACAUUUGGAUAACCAAAAUCAAGGCUCUUCUUUUUCACAUGAGAAGGUGUCUUCAAUAUACCCACUUGGACCUGUCCAGCAUUUGACAAGGUUUUUAUUUUUCUAGUGAUAACGUUAAUUUAGCUUAGAAACUUAAACUAGUAGUGAGCCUUCUGAUAUAGAGUAUAAAUGCAUAGUUUAAAAUGAUUUUUGUGAGCUCUAGUGAGUACUUCUUUUGAAAGUUUUGUCAGUACAUUGUGUUAAACAUGCUGUAUGAGUUGCAAGCGAUAUGGAGAAUGUCAACUGGGGACUUGACAUCCGAGUAUAGUUUGCAAUGUCUAUAGCAAAUUAAUGAAUUAAAGGCAUGUAGAAAACUGGGGACUCAUUCUACAUGUCUUUAGAUUCAAUAAAAUAAGACUCUCUUGAAUCAUAGUGUAGAUGAAUAGGUGUAGAACCUGUAUUUCAAUGACAGUAAUAUCGGACAAUCUGUUUAAAGGGAUAACUAAUGAGAAAUGAUAGCAAGGGUUGAAUUCUUAAUG